AAUUGGCAGCCUUGUAAUAAUAAUGGAGCCGCUGAAACGAAUGUGUGAUGACAGUGAACCUUUCAAGGAUUUGAAGAUAGAAAAUUGGAUGAUUUUGGAUGAAGUCAGCCAAAGACAACCUUGUGUGUUGUGUAAAAAGUCUAGAAAAUAUUUUUGUUACAAUUGCUUCAUUCCAGUACAAGAUUUACAAGGCCUAGUUCCGAAGGUUAAGUUACCUAUUAAGAUCGAUAUUAUUAAACACUCACGGGAAAUUGACGGGAAGAGUACGGCAGUACAUGCAGCAGUUCUGGCACCUGAUGAUGUCAAUAUCUAUACCUAUCCGUGUAUACCAGAUUAUGGAUCAAAUGAGAAGGUAGUGCUGGUUUUCCCAGGAAAGGAUGCUGUCUCUGUUGAAAAUAUUUUUGAUUCAUUAUCGGAAAUGGAUGCUGACAAUGCUGAACCAAGACCCAAGAAAUUAAAUGUAGGUGCAAGAUUGCCUAUUACAAAGGCUGUAUUUAUUGACAGCACAUGGAACCAAAGUCGUGGUAUCUACAAAGAUCAGCGUGUGAGAGAUUUGCCAUGUAUAGUUCUGCAGUCUCGUAUCUCCCAGUUUUGGAGACAUCAGAAUGGAAGCCCACGUUGGUAUUUGGCUACUAUAGAGGCCAUCCACCAAUUCCUUGUGGAGCUCCACACUGUGGCAUGGAACAUGAAUAGCGUCAACCUCUGUGCUGAAAGUUCAGAAAUGAAAGCAACUGGAAAUGGGCAAAAAACACAAGAGAGAUCUACAUGUGUUGAGACUUCCAAAAAUAUAGACACCACAGACAGGGAUGCCAAUGCUGCAGACAGGAUUAGUCAUUUGAGUGGAACAAGUAAUGGGAAUGUUACUGGAGAACAAAGUAGCAAUCCUGAUUGGUUACGAAAUGAACACAAGAAAAUCAGUGAUGCUAGUGAAUGUUUUGGACCUUACAGAGGAGAAUAUGAUAACUUGCUUUUCUUUUUUUGUUACAUGUAUAAUAAGAUACAUAAACUCUAUGACCAUGAGGACUUGCGUGCUUACAAGCGACCAUUAAAGUGACUUUUUAAAAAGAUUUGUGAAUGUUAGUAAAUAUUUUAAUAAAUAAUACACCAGUACUUCAGA